CUGUGUCAGCAUGUGGCGGAGUACGAUCAGUGUUCUUGUGUUGGUUCUGUCUUUUGCUAAGUACUCACUCUCACAAUCCAGAAAUGGCACGUCUUGUGACUGGAACAGUCCACUGUUUUCUGAAGACUGUCCAAUUAGUCAAGAAGAACUGGAUUACAUGGCCGAAAACUUAAUGAUUCAAGUGAACAGUAUUGACAAUCUCAAAGACGAUGGUAAUACCCACAUAAUCCAAAUACGUCUCCAUAACAAUGGGACGCGUGUCAUGCGUGGGAAAUCGUGGCAACUUUUCUUUCAUAGUUUCUUCAUGGUGGAGCCAGAACAUCUUCCUGCGGAAAAGGCCUAUGUUGAUGACGAUUACAAGGUCAGUUAUAAACACGUGACCGGAAGUUUAUUCUCCUUGUCUCCGGUAGAGGGAUUCAAAGAUAUUCUACCUAACGACACGCGUACCAUUGAACACGAAGCUAAAUUCUGGGCAGUGUCAAAGUCAGAUUUCCUUCCAAACUGGUAUUUAAAAGCGCCAAUGUUGGAACCGCGUUUAAUAGCAUCCACAAACAGUAGUUACUUUGCUGGUGAAAUAUCGUCUGCCAAGCAGUGGAAGAGAUACAAGUACGACCGGUAUAACCCCUUUAUGUCACAGGAUAGGUAUGAACGAUUCUACACUCCACAUAGAUUCACCAACGGUCCAUCUGUGAUUCCAACGCCAAGACUUUUUUUCGAGUCGAGAUCAUUCGGAGAAUUUACUGUUGACGAUACUUGGACUAUAGGAUCAACUAAAGGAACGCGUAAAGCUUCAAAGCUAUUAUCCAGCGAGCUAAACCUUCCAUUGAAAGAUCUGAUAAACGGCCGUUCGAUUUCCCUUCGUCUCAUUGAUAACAACAAGGGACCCGAAUGGUACUCGAUAGAAUCCAACAUUAACGCUCCCAGUAUAAUCAUUAACGCUAACUCCCAGGCUGGACUCUUUUACGGUGUGCAGACUCUGGUUAGUCUACUCGAUAGGUUCAGAGAGACACGGUCUAAAGCCCUCUUUCCUUUCUACUUGGAGGAUGAACCGCGAUACGAGUAUCGUGGAUUACGUCUAGAUGUGGUACGUCACUUCCGGACCAAAGAGGAAGUCAAGCGUCUGAUUGACUUGAUCUCUAUGUAUAAGCUGAACAAACUGAUCUUAAUGUUGUCCAAUGACGAGGGAUGGAGAAUAGAGAUUCCCUCCUAUCCGGAACUGGUGCAGGUUGGAGCCAGACGAUGUCACGAUCUGGACGAGGAAGAGUGCUUGUUGCCGCAAAUCGGAAACCCUAUCAACACCGCCCAAGAAUACUACACGGCAGCCGAUUACAUCGAAAUCCUUCAACACGCCAAAGACAGGAAUGUGGAGGUCAUACCGGAAAUUAACUUCCCGGGACAUGCGUACGCAUUGAAGAGAGCCAUCGAAUCCCGCUUUAAAGACACUAACAAAACCCUUUGGUCACCUCCAGAUAAAGCCCAUUUAUCGGUACAGAUGUUUGAAGACAACAUGCUGAAUCCGUGUUCACCCGUGACGUAUGAGCUCCUUGAGACGAUUCUGACCCGAAUUGCCGCGUACCAUCAGCGUGCUGGCGUCCCCCUCCAAAGCUUCCACACCGGCGGGGACGACCACUACAGCAUGGAUCGGUGGGUACUGUCUGAGGACUGUCAGAAGAUAAACAUGCACAGCUCUCAGGCGAUACAGAACAUGUUUGACAGCAGAGUAUCGAGAUUGAUAGAAAACACUGGAGCUAAUGUUUUAGGUUUUGCUGAUGGAUUUAUGAAUGCCAAUGGAGUUCCACAAGAUCCCCGACUCUUUAGAACACCGGAAGUCACUGCUCAUUACUGGAACAACCACCAUACAGCAGACUUCGCUAAUGGCUACAAGCUUGCGAAUGCUGGGUACAAGGUAGUACUUGGUCCCGUGUCUCACCUGUACUUUGACCACCCGUACGAGCCCAACCCCGAGGAGAACGGGUUGUACUGGGCCACUCGCUUCACAGACACCAGGAAGGUCUUCUCAUUCGAACCGGAGAACAUCUACCGCGCCAUCCAAGUGAAGAAGACCGGUGACCCGAUCAGCCAGUUAGAAUUCUGUGGAAGAAACAGGGAGAGGUGUCCCCGGCUGUUGAGACCCGAAAACAUCAAAGGUGUAGAAGGAAGCUUGUACGGAGAACUGAUCAGAUCCAGGGACAUGAUGGACUACAUGUUGUUUCCCAGAAUCCUCGGUCUAGCGGAAAGGGCGUGGCACAAGGGAGCGUGGGAGGACAUCGAGGAUGAUGAUAAGCGGAAGGAGGCGAUGAACGACGACUGGCAGCGAUUUGCGCGAAUCGUAGGCUCCAAGGAGCUCCGGCGGCUAGAUGACCUCGGGGUCAAAUACCGAAUUUCCCCGGCAGGAGCCAAGUCUGACGGAAUAAAAAGGAUGUACACAAACACAGAGUUUCCGGAUCAGGUGGUGGAGUACAGUACGAAUUCCGGAGAAAAAUGGAAAACAGUUCCGAAAGACUGGUUAAUGAAAUCUUAUAACAGCAGAAUCCUUGUCAGAGCUGUGCCAAAGGUUGGAAGAAUCAAAGCCAACACCGAUCACAUGACCGAGAGGAUGGAAUACAGCGUGAACCAGGGGAAAACAUGGCGCCUGGUGCCGGAUACAUGGCCGAUCGCCAGCUAUAACCCCAUCCUCCUAAGGACAAGAUCAGCAGAUGGGAAGAGACUUAGUAGGGAAACAGAAUUCGAUCCUCGCGGUGUAAAUCCAAUUCCAAACCAAGCAGACGUCGAAAAUAUCGCUAAAAGCCUGCGCGUGACCUAUGAACUCGAGGAUAACCUCGUAGAUGAGGAAAAUAGCUUCCUCUUCCGGAUAACUUUCCACAACACCGGAAAUGAGACAUUGACUUAUGGGAAUUACAGUAUUUACAUGUACAACAUCCGUCUGCUACAGCCUAUACAGAGCCCCUACCCAAACGGAUACAAACUCCAUGACUGCAGUCUGUGGCUCCACCACGUGAGCGGAAGUUUAUACAGGUUAGACCCUGAACAGCCGGAUUUCAAGAUUCCACCGGGUCAGUCACUGUCUUGUCUCAUCACUGGCAAAAGUUGGCAAGUGUCCAGAACUGACUCCAUGCCGAACUGGUUUGUGGCGGCAGAAGGAAUGGAUCCGGUCGUCAUUGACAACACCGUGUCCGAGGACCUUAGUUACGUCAGCAAGUUUGACACGUCAAACAAGUGGAAGAGAUACCCGGAUGACCAGUACAAUCCCUAUUCGCCCCCUACACGGUUUGGCAUAUUCAAAGAUAUCGCCGACAGAGGGCGCGCUGUUAAGCCUGUUAUCCCGUCACCGAAGAAUUUGAAGAUGAACCCGUACAGACAGGUCAGGGUCGGAGGACCAAACAACAGAUGGUUUAUCUUGAGGAACGGAGGAUUCCCAGUAGCAAGUAAAGACUUAACAGAUCAUUUCAACCUUCAAACAAUCGGCAAUUGGCGUGGAGGCAGAAAUAUAGUACUGCUGGAGAAAACAGAGGAAAUUCGCAAUAAUGAAGGCUAUUCAAUAGAGGUGGAUCCAAGUUCCAAUAAGAUAAUACUCAGGGCCCGUGAUGACCCGGGGAUGUUUUACGCUGUCCAAACUCUGAAGGCUUUGGCGGAUAGAGACGGCAAUGCAUUUAUUUUACCGGAAGUGACAAUAUUUGAUGAACCACGGUUCCCAUAUCGAGGCAUGCACUUGGACGUCGCCCGGAACUUUCAUUCCAAAGAGGAAGUGAUGAAGCUGUUAGAUCUGAUGUCGAAGUACAAACUGAACAAGCUCCAUCUACAUCUGACAGAUGACGAGGGCUGGAGGAUCGAAGUCCCGCAAUUACCUGAACUCACUCAGAUUGGCUCUCAGAGAUGCUUCGAUAUACAUGAAGAGGAAUGCAUUCUUCCUCAGAUUGGAUCCGCCCCUUUGCGUCCUAAUACAGGAACCGGAUAUUACACAGCGGAGGAUUAUCGUGAUAUUCUACGCUACGCGGCUGAUCGCCAUAUUCAAGUCAUUCCGGAAAUAAACACCCCAGGUCAUUCCCGAGCCGCCAUCGUUGCCAUGGAAAACCGGUACAGACGAUUCAUGAAAAGCGAAAACGAGGCCGAGGCCAAGCGCUUCCUGUUGAGUGAUAUGGACGAUACGUCAUAUUACUUGUCGCGUCAGACGUACAAGAAUAACGUCAUGUCGCCUUGUUUACACACGACGUUCGAUUUUCUGGAGGUGGUGGCACAGACACUGUACGUCAUGCAUCAAGAUAUCCAACCUCUCAAGUUGAUUCAUUUUGGCGGGCCGGGAGGUGACGAGUUCUCGUCCAGUGUCUGGAACAACUCGAAAAUCUGCCAGGAACUGAUGGACGCUCUCGGAGUCAAUAUUGAGGACGAUCUCAAGUCUCACUUUGUUGACAGCGUGGCACAAAAACUUCCGCCGGAAGUCAGCCUUGGCGUCUGGGAGGAUGCGCUGAUGGACGAAAAAAGACCUUUAUACAGAUACGGAAAAAAUCUCGGAAGCCGGGACGUUGUUGCGUAUGCCUGGAACAACAUUUGGGAGCACGGGAACGGUGACAACGCCCACAUUUUGGCCAACAACGACUACAAGGUCGUAAUUUCACACGCCACCGAUCUGUUCUUUGACCACCCCAACGAACCGGAUCCGGAAGAACGCGGCUACUACUGGGCCUCUAGAUUUACCAACACCCGGAAGGUGUUCGGAUUCACCCCCGAGCACCUGCUGAAAAACGCCCAGGUGUCCCGGAAAGGAAUACCGCUGACCAGGUCCGACGUGUGUCCCGAGUUUGGAUGUGUGGAGCUCACGGAGCCUUCUAAUAUUAUCGGUAUGCAGGGUCAGCUAUGGACAGAGACAAUGCGUCAUCCUGACCAGUUAGAGUACAUGGCAGCCCCAAGGAUACUGGCUCUAGCGGAAAGGGCGUGGCAUAAAGCUGACUGGGAGGACAUUGAAGACAAAAUCUCGCGAGAUCGUGAACGAGACCGAGACUGGGAGGAGUUUGGCAACACUUUGGCGUACCAAGAGCUCCAGAAACUGGACAACAUGGACUUCAAAUACCGCAUCCCACCGCCAGGCGCUGAGAUCAAGAACAGUGUGAUACACACCAACAGUGAGAUCCCCGGCCUACCCAUACAGAUCAGCCUCGACAACAAAAAAACAUGGCGGCGCCUCAAUGGCACAAUGCCAGUCCCGGACAACAAGCUGAUACAUCUACGGACAACCUCCCCAGACGGCAGACGACAUUCUCGGGUGGUCACUGUUACGCCCGCCAUUUCCCGGACGGAAGAAAACUCUGUUUUUAAAAUGCCUUUCCUGGAACGCUUUUUAAAAUAUUUAGGGCUUUCUCUCAUCCAAUGAGUGCAGCAUUAAUCACGUGACGCCACGCCUCUUUACAGUCCCAGAAACUCUGACAUUCAUAAAAAUUCAUUUUUAUGUCAUGAAUAUUCAUUAAAUCAUUUGCAUAUUCAUCAUAUAACUACACGAAUAUGAACUAGUUGGUGUAAUUAUAAAUCCAUGAAUGAAAUGCAUAAGUCCAUCAUGCUUAUUAUCUCUCAUUAUGUUGUAUUUAUUUAUAUACAUGCAAUAUGAUUUGUUAUUUUAUACAGUAUAUAUUUUUUGUAAAUAAAAGCGUAUAUUUGAUAAAUUCCUCCUUUUUAU